AAUUACCGAAUUGGUUAGAUUUUACAUAUUAUGUAGUAAAAAUAUUGAAACUUUUUAAUGACUUAUCAAUGGCUGCUGAAGUGGUCGAUUACUUUACGUUUAAUAGAUUUUGUAAAAAUCAGUCAAUAAAGUUGUCCAUAUUUUUUGAGGUAUAUCUUUGCGUAAGAACUUAACAUUUCCUGAUUACGUUUUAUACUUUGAGAAUUUGUUUUGCUGAUUGGGGCUAAUUACUUGACUCACUUUUUGUAAGUCACGGGAAAUUUCGGGCAGUUCGGCUGCUUUAAAAUCAGCAAAGUUUUGUUUAAAAACCAUCAAUUAUGUUUCUGUUUAGCCCUCCUAAUCAAAACACACACUUUGCGGUAAAUUAAAGUUUUGUUUUAUUUGCGGCGCUUGUGGCGCUGCUGCUUUUUCGUCUUCGCAUUUAGCUAUGCAUAUGAGGUAUCGCUAAAUUUAGCACUUCCUUUUGUCUACUUUCAUUUUUAUACAAAUUGCGGAAAAGGGGCGGGCAUGGGGGUCUUCCCCUCGGCACUCCGCUCCCAUUAACUCGAAAGUGGGUGAGUGUGAGUGGUGCCAUAUCUGAGCGCUUAUUCCAUAUUUUGUUUAGAUAUAACAAAAGUGAUUAUUACUAAUUUGCUUUCAUUGCGGCUCACUCUUUCGCCCACAAACACAAUCGCACACGUCAUAAUUUUUCUUUCUCUGUAUUUGUUAUUUAUUAUUCGCCUUUUUUCCACUUCUUGUACAUUUUUUACACUUGGCUGCACUUAAAUCACGCAUUGCCCAAUGUGCUGCCUAAAUAUUACUAGCUGUACGAUAUAUGUGGUGUACUAUAUACGUCAGAUUCCAAUAAAGGGAUCUUUGGAUUGAACCGAAAAUGGUUCUGGGGCCGCUGGUGACACUUCCAUAUGGGACGGCGUAUUAAUGCUAGUGUCUAAUGUCUGAAUUCCGUGGCUCACUGUCGAAUAUGGCAUAGUUAUUUAGUUUUUGUCUCCACCAUAUAUAACAAACACAAAUAGUUUUAUUGAGUAUUUUGAUUAGAUUCGUGGUGUACCCAUCGUCGCGAACAGUCAUCAAUGGGCAAAUCCUAGCUUGAAUGUUGGUUUGUUUGGAGACGUUAUAAAUAGAUCGCUUAGGCCAUAAAUUAUACAAUUGUGAAUAAUAACAGGCUGCAUAAUAGGGAGUUCUUAUAACUUGCAAAAAUCUGAGACAUACAUAGUAAGCCAGGGAGCUUUCUUUCAUACAAAACAACAUAGUACACACAUAAUAAAGAAUUCAUAGCUGCCGGAUAUAGACGACAUAAUGAUAUCUUUGCUAUUGCAUCGCCGACUUUUUGGUGCUUACAAGAUUUCUUCGGUGCUAACUCGGGGCCAAAAAUGCUUUUCGGAAGUAAAAAAACUUCAAGUUGCUGAUAAAAUUGAAGACAGGAAAUUGGUUAACAUUAUCGGAACCGCUAUCAUAAGAGAUGUUAAGCUCAAUAUACCAAACUACACUGAAAGCUCCAUUCCACCAAUAAAUUGGUCAGCGCAAGUAUCUCAUAAUCAACUCAAUGAUAACGACGAUUUACUAUCUUCCGAACAGCGUAGUAUUAAAAGGGACAAUUUAAAAACUAACAAUCAAAUCCAAGAGGAUUGUCCAAAAUUUCCCACUAAAAAACCACCACCCACAAAGAAAUUUCCAAUCAAUGAAAAUGCCGAAAAAGCACUGGAACCAGAUGAAAAAAUAAGAAUUAAAGCCAAGUUAUUAGAAAGGAUUAAAGGUAUUGCUACAAGAAAGAAGUCUAAGCUCGAGGAAAAAGUGGAAGGGCUAAGGGAUGAAUUUACAGAUCAGUUGGUUGGGAUAAAAGAAGAAGCAGCUUCGAACGAGGAAAUAAAGCCUAUGAUGAGUUUGCAAGCCAAGGAGCCAUCUUCAACCCCACCACCCAAAGGCGACUCUGCUCCACCAAAAGGUGGUUCUCCUCCACCUAAAGGUUCUUCUCCUAAAGGUCCGCCGCCUGGAACUCCCCCACCGCAGACGAAAACCACUUUUGGACCACUGGCCGAUGCAGAUCGAAUCUUCACCAAUUUAUAUGGACGUCACGAUUGGCGGUUGAAGGCGGCAAUGAAGCGAGGAGAUUGGUACAAGACCAAGGAGAUAUUGGACAAGGGCGACAUAUGGAUUGUGAAUGAGAUAAAGACCUCUGGACUGCGAGGACGUGGUGGCGCCGCGUUCCCUAGUGGACUUAAGUGGUCCUUCAUGCACAAGCCGCCCGAUGGCAGGCCCAAGUUUCUGCUGGUCAACGCGGAUGAAGGCGAACCCGGGACUUGCAAGGAUCGAGAGAUAUUGCGCCACGAUCCGCACAAGUUGAUCGAGGGAUGUCUCAUCGCUGGACGGGCAAUGGGUGCCACCACCGGAUUCAUUUACAUUCGUGGCGAGUUCUACAACGAGGCCUGCAAUCUUCAGUAUGCCAUAAUAGAAGCCUACAAAGCUGGUUACCUGGGCAAGAAUGCUUGUGGCUCGGGGUUUGAUUUCGAUCUCUAUGUGCAGCGAGGUGCGGGUGCCUAUGUUUGUGGAGAGGAGACUUCCCUGAUUGAAUCCAUUGAGGGCAAGGCGGGCAAGCCAAGAAACAAGCCUCCCUUUCCGGCGGAUGUCGGUGUCUUUGGCUGUCCCUCGACGGUGACCAAUGUGGAAACGGUGGCCGUGGCUCCAACAAUUUGCCGGCGCGGGGGCAAGUGGUUCGCCAGCUUUGGACGCACCCGGAACUCGGGCACCAAGUUAUUUAAUAUCUCGGGUCACGUUUGCAAGCCCUGCACCGUCGAAGAGGAGAUGUCCAUUUCGACCAAGGAGUUGAUAGAACGCCAUGCUGGUGGAGUUAUCGGUGGCUGGGACAAUCUGCUGGCCAUCAUUCCGGGUGGCUCUUCAACUCCCUGUAUUACCAAAGAAGAUGCCGAGCGCUCAAUUCACGACUAUGAUGGCCUGAUGGAAGUGCGUUCCUCCUUGGGAACCGGUGCCAUGAUUGUGAUGAACAAGGAUACGGAUAUUAUCAAGGCCAUUGCCCGCCUGUCCUCCUUUUACAAGCACGAGAGCUGCGGCCAGUGCACUCCCUGUCGCGAGGGCCUUCACUGGGUGAACAUGAUCAUGCAGAGAUUCGUCACUGGAAACGCCCAGAUCGGCGAGAUCGAUAUGCUAUGGGAGCUUACCAAGCAGAUCGAGGGUCAUACCAUUUGCGCUCUGGGCGAUGGUGCCGCCUGGCCGCCCCAAGGACUCAUCCGUCACUUUCGUCCGCUCAUCGAGGAGCGGAUCAGGAAGCGGGAGGCCGCUGAGCAGGCUGAAGCAGAUGCCAUCGCCGCCCAGCGCUUCCCUUGCCAAACAGUGCCUCCUUGUCCAGAAUAAAGCGUGACUACUACCUACUCUUUUGUGUCCAAUUCCUUCAGGGCAGUGGCAUGCGGCUGACUUCAAGCUCCGCUGACUUCCGCCGGCUUCCGUCCGAGUGAAAGUGCAGCCAGUCGUUAACUUCCCCGCCUUGCCGACUGGGCCACGAAAUUGUGCCACGUAGCGUUAAGCCAGAGGGGGUUGAACAUGUGAAUGGCCAUGUUGCUAGGUUUGCCCCAAAACACGGCUGCUGGUCUGUCAGCCGCUAAUCCGCGGGGCUUUCUUUAUUCUUCUGUCUCACUUUUCAGGCAGCUCAGCCGUGAAAAGAGUGAGGAAGUCUGGCUUGUGGGCUUGGAUGUUGGCUUAUGCAAUGCAGAGGGUUUGUUGCUUGAAAUAGUUAUUCUGAAAUAUCCGCUGCUUAUCUUAAGUACGAUUUACCCAAACGCUUAAUAAUCAUAAAGUUUUAUUAGCAAGCCAAUUGUCUUGAC